GAGGUUCUAUAUCCGGAAACCCUAGAUUUCUCCUUUCCCCUUUGCCCUUUCCCCAACCGGAACUCGUCCCCCGUACUAAAACACUCCAAUCCAUCGCUUCUGAAAAAAAGAAUUCCCUCGCCAUGCCCGGUCCCACUUCACUCUCUCUGAUGCCAUCGCCGUCGUCCCCACCGUUGCCAUCGCGGCCGGUGUCGGAUCUCUUAAUCUAUAACCCUACCCCUGUUCCUUCCUCUGGCGCCAUCAAUGCUGUGCCCCUUCAGAUGCAGCCGGAUACAGCGGAUCCAAAAGGCGCCGGCGGGAAGAAACGCGACGGAGGCUCUUCAAAGGAUCGGCACACGAAGGUGAACGGGCGUGGGAGGAGAGUACGGUUGCCGCCUAUCUGCGCGGCGAGGAUCUUCCAGUUGACGCGGGAACUCGGUCAUAAAUCCGACGGGCAGACCAUCGAGUGGCUUCUUCGUCAGGCGGAACCCUCUAUCCUCGCCGCCACUGGUAGCGGAUUCACUCAAACCCCUUCCGCCGCCCCAUCGCCUGCGUCCCCACCACCGCCACCACCGCAGCCCACUGGUUUCUUCCAGUUCAGCGGUAUUAUGGACUACGGUGCUGCCUUUAAAGGAUUUGGUUUCCCCGCCGUUUCUGACGGAGGAGAAGAUUUGGGGGUGGGAUUCCGGCAUAUGCCGUACUACACGGCGAUGCUGAUGCGUCCGGUAACCGCCGAUGAUGACGACAGCCGCGCCGUUUUAUUGCAACAGGAGGAUUAGCUGACUUUUUUUUUUUUUUUCCUUUUAGGAUUGUAUGAUUUGUAGUGAGAGUAAUUCUCUGAAUAUCAGAACUCAUAAUAUGGAUAUGGUUGUUCAUGGUAUUUUGAAGUGGUAUACAGGCUACCUAACCUUUUACUAUUUAUGGAGGUAAAUUUUUAGUAAAA